AUGUCUUCUGAGACAAACGAAAUAUCGACAUUUGGGCCUCUGCCUGGCUCCAAGAGGCGCAGACUUCAGGGUGCUUGCGACACUUGUCGCCAUAAGAAAAUAAAAUGCGAUAGCGCACUCAUGCCAGGAAAUCGAUGCUCCCACUGCAUUGCUUUCAACUCAGAGUGCACCCAUAACUUAUCAAAGAAAAGGAAUUCCGAACCGUCGACGCCCGCGCAAUCAUACGUCGAAAGUCUCGAACAACGCGUCAAGAAGCUAGAGCACAUGCUUCAGAAGCUUGACCCAGAAUCUAGUGCCGGCACAUCGGACGCCAACAGGGUGUUUACAGAGCCCUCCGAAAGUGUAAUGAUCGCGGGCUGUGGGACUGAAGCCAUACUCAGCGCAAUGUCACCUUCCCCCGCCUCUACAUCUCACAACUCCCCUGCGAAUGCCAAUGCCGACGACGCCGACGAUGUUCAUGCGUUAGCGGAUGAGCUGAAGGAUCUACACAUCCUCCCCGAUUCACGCUUCUUCGGCAAGUCAAGUAGUUUCGUGCUCUUGCGAACGGCUAUCGGCGUAAAGCAGGAAUAUGCAGAGUCUGCCCCAUCCUUGGGUACAGAAGAUUUUAGUAAGCGGCCCGAAUACUGGCGCUCUCCUCCCCUUGAACAGCUGGACAAGCUACCCCCCAUCCAAUUUCAAUUUCCCGAACAGGAUCUCCUCGACGCUCUUGUCGAUAAGUACUUCGUGAUCAUCAACCUCGUCAUCCCACUGCUACACAAGCCCACAUUCGAGGCGCAGCUUGCUGCGAAACUGCAUACGCGAGAUCAGUGGUUUGGUUCGGUAGUGCUGGCCAUAUGCGCGGUUGCCUCGCGUUACCUAGAUGAUCCCCGCUGCCUUGACGAGGGAGACCCAGCCGCGCUAUCCACCGGCUGGAAAUGGUUUUCCCAGAUCCGCACCAUGCGCCAGUCCUUCGUCGAAGCGCCAUCACUGUAUGAGCUUCAGUUUUACUCCCUAGCCACUUUGUACUAUCAAGGAACUUCGAACCCUCAAGCAUGUUGGAUUAUGGUCGGUCUGGGAUUACGAUACGCCCAAGAGGUCGGAGCCCACCGUAAAACAGCAAGGGUUGUCAAGCCGACUCUGCAAGAUGAGCUAUGGAAACGGGCAUUUUGGGUGCUGGUCAUCAUGGAUAAGCUGGUCUCUGCUUUUGUAGGACGACCGUGUGCUCUGCACGAAGAAGAUUACGAUGUGGGGUACCCGCUGGAAGUCGACGACGAGUAUUGGUGCAAUCCUGAUCCAGAAUUAGCGUUCAAGCAACCGCCAGGGAAGAUGUCCAAGAUAACGACGUUCAAUCUGCUUCUCAAACUUGGCGAGAUUUUGGCCGUCGCGUUGCGCGUCCUAUAUUCGGCGAAUAAGUCCAAAUUAUGGACGGGUCUCAUGGGUCCCAAUUGGGAAUACAGAAUGGUAGCUGAGCUUGACUCGGAAUUAAACAGCUGGCUGGACUCCGUACCAGAUAACUUGCGAUGGAAUCCGCGGUGCGAAGAUCGUGACACAUGCGCGCUGUCCGCAAACCUAUUCUGCACAUAUUAUUACACCCAGAUAUUGGUGCACAGGCCUUUUAUCUCGGGGUCUCUCCAUGCUUCAGGACUCUCCUUCCCUUCCCUCGCCAUCUGUGUCAACGCUGCCCGAUCUUGUGCUCAUCUAUUAGAUGCGUACAUAUCACUCGGAUUCCUUACGGCUGCCCCCACAUGUCAGAUGGUCGCCUUUACUUCGGGUAUCAUCUUACUCAUAAACAUAUGGGGCGCGAAGAAGUCUCGUAUAUCCUUCAGGGCGGACAAGGAAAUGGCAGACGUGCGCAAAUUAAUGCAUGUCCUUCAAACGCAUGGAACACGGUGGCGAGUGUCGGGGAAAUUGUGGGACGUACUCAACACGCUUGCGAGCAUGGAAGACUUGCCACUGCCUGAACUCAAUAUUCGUUCCAACAAGCGUUCCCCUCCUUCGGACGACUCGUCUGGGUCGAAUGUAGAGAAAGAUACGAAUUUUGCCGUCUACUCAGAUCUACUACAUCAUAGUCCUUCUACGUCGACACUUAGUUCAGCUGGAAGCCCUUCUGACUUGCUUGCUACUCCGAGCGGCAUACUGCAACCCCCUACCGACAUCCUUCCUCUGACUACUGAUGAGCUGGGUCGGUUACCGGUUGUCAGCAAUUACUCGCAACCAUGGACGAGCACGAACACGAGUGGCUUUACUGGGCAACCUUCCCUUGAUGGUACAUCAGCGCCGCUGAGUACGCAGCCGCAACAAACGUACCAGUACUCUCAGAAAAUACCUGUUGGAUACCUGGGACCUCAACAAGGCUCUCAGUAUGCGUCGAAUACGAUAAGUGGUCUUCUUCAGAGCCAGGAGCCGGUGAAUCCGUUCUACACUGGUGGCGAUGCUACAAUGGACCUGUGGUCCGCGGUUCCUGGAGGCUUUGACCUGGAUGAAUGGGGAGGCUACCUAGCUAAUUUUGACCCAGAUGUGUUUGCUUAA